UCAAAGAUAUUGGGUUGACAAAUGAGACGGGAUUUGAUAGGAAAUCGUAAAAGGUGAUAAGCGAUUUGGAGAAGGGCUACACCCCUCUCUUCCCUAUCAACUACAGGCACCACCUUUCCACGCGGAUCUAUCGGUUGUUUGCUGCCUUCCACCACGCCCGCAGUUCACGUCAGCCUGCAACGUCAGUUUCUGCGCGUUUCUCUAUACCAGGGGGGCGUAGGUUUCACCGGCUUUUCAGAGGCAGACACAAUGAACCGUUGGACGAUGUGAAGCGCGCAUGUGGGGCUGGAGGUACUGGCACGUUUUGUAGAAUAUUUUUUUUGGUUUUGUAUUACAUAAUUUGAUGUUUUCGAGCACAUUACGACAGGCCUUUGUGAUAGUCGGAAAAGGUCGGUUCAACGAGUUCGACUGAUAAACGAGUUCGAAAUCUCUGGCUAGUCCCCUUCGAAAACGACUGCGGAAACAACAAGGACCGAAUUGAACAAGAGAAAGGACUCGCGUUACAGAAUAAAGUCAAAAAGGUAACCAAGAAUGUCGAUGGUUGCGUAUUCGGAUUACUUCGCCGCCGAAUGUCUGGUUUCGAUAUCUAGCGGUCCUGUCCUACACCGACCCACCCCAGUUGCCCCCGCCGACCAGCCCCCUCCCCAGGAGCAGGCCCUUCUUCCCGGAGAGCCUGAAGGGUCGAGCGAGGAUAGGGAGGUCCGCGAGACGCUGAGACUCGAGGGGGCCAAGAUGAUGACGGUGGCUGGGAUCCUCACGGACCUCCACGGGAAGUUCCGGCCAAUGUCGGCCUACUCCGAGAGCAGCAACUCCUCAUGCGGGGAGAGCGGCUACACCACGUUGUCUGACUCAACUACCCCUACCAUGACCCCCUCUGCUACUCCAAUUCCUGGACAGUACAAUGCCACUCAACAGCAGUGGGGAGGAGGGGCGCCUCGGUCCCCAAUAAAGCGACACCAGUGCACUUUCGACGGCUGUGAUAGAAUUUAUGGAAAAUCAUCUCAUCUGAAAGCCCAUAUUAGAACCCACACAGGUGAACGACCGUUCCCGUGCACCUGGCCCGACUGCCAGAAGAAAUUUGCCCGCUCGGACGAGCUGGCCCGCCACACGCGCACCCACACCGGCGAGAAGCGCUUCCUGUGCCCGCUGUGCGACAAGCGCUUCAUGCGCAGCGACCACCUGAUCAAGCACGCCCGCCGCCAUCCCGACUUCCAGCCGUCCAUGCUGGCCCGCAAGGGUCUGUCCCCUGGGGGGAACCGGGCAUCCAGCCCCGCCGCGGGCCAGUAGACGGGAGGGGUCGCCGGGUUAAUUACCACGUUGACCCGGCCACGGUCGGCGCCGGGCUACGAGGAGCGGUCCCGACCUGUUCCGGCCUCUCCGCCACUAACAAAACGACAUGACCCAGUGGGGAGGUGGGGGGCGGGGGUGCUGCCCCCCCCCCCAGCCACCCAACAAUAUGAAGAUGACCCCACUCAAUGCUCCUCACAACCUCUCUCAACCUUUAACUGAAGAACACUUACACAUAUGGGGCCUAUCAGCGUCAAGCCAAGGCACUCUCAGCACAUGCAUCAGCCAAAUGUUUUCCUCUUUUCUACUUAUUUUUAGAACGAUGGUGCUCAGUGCUUUCUACUGUGCCUGUUUGGUUUCUUGCUAGCACCAUUUUGUUUUAUAUAUAUAUAUAUAUAUAUAUAUAUAUAUAUAUAUAUAUAUAUAUAUAUAUAUAUAUAGAAAGCUAGAGGCAUAGAGAAGGUAGAGAUUGACUAGAAGAGUAGCAGUUUUUCUGAUUCCAUGUUUUUAGAGGUUGCACAUUCCACCAUGUUGUUUUUUUUAAUUUUUUAUCUCUGCCAGUUACAUUUUAGUUGGCCUAGUUUAAGUUAUGUUUUUCUUCCAAUAUUGUAUUUACUGCAUUGAUAUGAUUUUAAGUGCAGGUCAACUUCACUUUUAUAGUGCUGAUGAUGAAUGAAUUAAACUGCUUAACACUGGCAGUUUGCAUACCGGCAGUUGCAUAAAUCCUCGUUCAACUUUUCUUUUCACCAUCCACAGAAACGUUGACACAUGAUACACGUCGUAUUAUGCCUGGUAAUUAUGCAAAUGUAUAUAAGCUUUAAGCUUUUAUUGUAGAGAAUAUCCUAAAAAAAAAAAACUAUUAGUGGAGGUCAUACUUGUGAUGAAUUGUAGUCCUUAUAUUAGGGGUGACGGUAUACACUUGGAUAGGAAAAGGAUAGGCGGCUUGUGCGCGCGCGCAUGUUUGUGUAAGAGUGUGUGUCUGUGUGUGUGCGUGUAUGUGUGUGUGUCCUUAUUUACCUUUUGUCAGAGAAAGAGAAGACCAUUUCUACUGUUUCCACUGUCUGUCCAGCUUAAUGGGCACAACUCCUCUAUUAACUCAGUGAUCAACAACACAUCAGGAAACUCAGAAAGCCUUAAACUAUUUCAUAAUUAUUUUGCACCAUGUUUACAGUUUGAGUCAUUUAUACAGGUUUACGCUGAAUCGUCAGCACAUUACAAAUACACAUGCAAUAUGGCACUUUUUCAUACAGGUGUUGUUUUUAAUGCUAGCUACUUGGCUAUUUCGUGUGAUAGAUAUUCACUUUGUUAAUAUACUUCUACAAUUGAACACUGUGGAAUCUGAUGAAGCUAUAUGUUAUCUCAUUAUAAUUAGGACCUAUGGUUAGUUAACCGCCCUUUUCCAAGUGCUUUAGGAAGUGCGAUAAAGGAUAGACUGGGAUUAUGACCUGUUGGUUUUUUGAUUUGUCCUCAUUCACCGUAACAACUUGAUCCAAUGUGUUUUAAUUGGUCUUAUGUAUCUUACUUGAUCCAGUGUAUUUUACUUGAUCCUAUGUAUCUGGCUUUUCUCAGACACAAUAACACUGCAGUCCAGUGUUCCCAGGGCCUUGGUUUAAACUGUCAUUACCUUGAAAGACAGACGGAAUUAUGCGGCCAAGGCACCUCCUCGUACAGUCCCUCCAAUGUCUUCCGUCUUCCCGAACAGACUGACUUUAAUGGAUCAUUUUUGCUGCAUCAUUUGAUCACUGCUUGUUCCACUGUAAUAGGAUAUUUUCAACUUUUAUGUGGAAAUCCUUUUGCCAUUUGUACACAUUUUUCACAAGUUGUUACAAUCCGACAGUUCUUGGUGACUGCUGGCAGUUAUCAAAAAAAAUGGACUAUGUAAUCAGUGACGCAAUAUAACAGUAUGUUUUCAAAUGAAUUUGAAAUGUCUCCGUGGAUUUUAUUUUCCAGAUGUAUUUGUUUGUUUUCUGACUAGGUGACUCGGCAAGUCUGCCUUUUGUCAAAAUGAUUAUUUCACAAACUGUAAUAAUAAUUUACCUCACAGUUAGUUUUGCCUCAUUUGUCUUUGGUGUUGGAUCAAAAAUACUCUUACAAAGCUAACCUAGCCUUAGGUUUGACAUUUUGUUAUAUGUACAGUUUUCGCUGUGCUUAACACUUUCAUAGAAUGUUACUUACCUGUGGUGUUCAGUAGUGCUAAUCAGUUUUGGCCUAUCAUAUAUAUAUAUAUAUAUAAGAGUGCUGUAUGAAAAUGUCAGCUUAGUUUGGACCUAAUGCGUUAGAGAUGUAUCACUAGAUGGGGAUAAUUUUGUAAAAUGUAACUUCAAAGAGUACCUACAUAAGGACUUCAUAAAUCCAUUAACAAUUUGUAAAUGCGUGUUAACACUGGCAAGUUGAUACUUUGACUGUAUCACAUUUGGCAGUUAACAUAAGCAUUUGUGAAAUACUCUUAACUGCUUAUGUAUAAUUUCUAAGUUCUGAACUCUAUUUGGUUAACCUUCAGGUAGUUACCAAUGAAUCAAUAUAGCUUCUGUAAACCACUAAAUCUGACUGGGAGGAUACCAGCGUAUCUCAAACUAUUUCAUUCACCUUGCUAAACACAUUUUAUGGUCGGGCUGAUAGUUUCCCAUCAUACACUAAUCGAAAGAAGUAUGCACAGUUGCAUUGUUUGUACUGAACCAAUGUUUUUAGAUUUUUUUAAGCCUGAUUUUUACAUAAAUAAACCUCUUAUUCCAGCUUUGGUUUAUGUCAAUGACAUAAGAGGAACUGUGGAACUAAUUUAAUACUUGCUGCAACAUGCUUUUUGAUAUUUAUACUCUCAGGUCUUAAAAAUUUAGCGCUGGAACUUCCGUAUUUUCUGUGCAACACAUUUAAGUUUAGAAUUUUUUUUGUUUCUUUUAUUUCGCUGAUUAAUUUAUUACAACUUAUCAUUUGUGUGGUUUAAUUAUCUUUUUUGUAGCUUUUUGAAUAUGGAACAGUGCUGAUAACUUGGUUCCAUUGUU